AUGGGAACCAGAAACCUCUCAUAUUGGACCCAAAAUUCAUAUCGGUCCUGCGAAAACGUCCUUGCACAUUACAUCUACAUCAGCGAAACCGUUAACCAGCUAAAACAAACACACACUCUCUUGCUCAAAGUCCUCACUAAACCCCAUACCCACAACCUUUUCUUCACUCGGUUUCUCAGGCAACUUCUCCAAGUACCUGGUGACCGCUUUAAUUAUGCACGCAAGGUGUUUGAUCAAAUACCAAACUGCAAAAGCCAGUUCCUUUGGACUUCCCUCAUACGUAUCCAUGUAUCCCAUGCUUUUUUCAGCGAAUCAAUCCUUUUAUAUGCUAAGAUGCACCAGAGGGGUAUAUUUCCAUAUGGGUUCACCUUCUCAUCAGUGCUCAAUGCGUGUGCUCGCAUGCCAGCAAUCUGUGAAGGCAAACAAAUACAUACGAAAACUUUAAAGACAGGUUUUCUGAGUAACAAGAUUGUGCAAACUUCAUUGCUUGAUAUGUAUGCCAAAUGUGGGUUUACUGUGGAUGCGAGGAUUGUGUUUGAUACGAUGGAUGAUAAAGAUGUCAUUACUUGGACAGCAAUGAUUUGUGGUUACUCAAAGACAGGUGUUAUGGAUGAAGCACAGCGCUUGUUUGAUAUCAUGGAAGAGCACAAUGUGGUUUCUUGGACAGCCAUGGUUGCUGGAUAUGCAAAUUGUGGUGACAUGAAAUCUGCGAAGGAGUUGUAUGAGAUGAUGACCGAGAGAAAUUCGAUUACGUACCUCGCUAUGAUAGCAGGUUAUGGGAAGUGUGGUGAAGUGAGCGAAGCUAGAAGAAUUUUCGAUGAGAUGCCGGAGAAAGAUGUUAAGUGUUGGGCUGCAAUGGUUGCUUGUUAUGCGCAUAAUGGAUAUGCAAUGGAAUCUAUUGAGAUGUAUAAGGUGAUGAGGGAAGAAAAUGUGAGGGUUACGGAGGUAGCAAUGGUUGGAGCUAUGACUGCUUGUUCACAACUAGGAGAUGCGGAAAUGGCAAUGACAUUAGCUGAGCAUAUGGAAGGAGGGUCCUGCAAUAGUACGCUAAUUGUGUCCAACGCGCUGAUUCACAUGUAUGCAAAAUGUGGUGAUGUGGAGAAGGCUUGGACUGAAUUUGGUAGAGUGAAAGAGAGGGACAUAGUAUCAUAUAGCACUAUGAUCACAGCCCUUGCUGACCAUGGGAGGUCCCAAGCAGCAUUGGAUCUCUUCUUGAGGAUGCGAAAGGAAGGAAUAAAAUGUAACCAGGUUACUUUCAUUGGUGUCCUUAAUGCAUGCAGUCAUGGAGGUCUUGUCGAAGAAGGAUGCAAGUACUUUGAGCUAAUGACUCGAGUUUAUGGCAUGGAGCCCUUAGCAGCGCAUAUUACUUGCAUGGUUGGCCUCCUUGGAAGAGCCAGACAACUUGAGAAAGCAUACAGACUUAUGUUGGAAAAUGAGGAGUUAUGUGAUGCUGUGACUUGGGGUGCUUUGCUAGGAGCUUGUGAAAUCCAUGGCAAUGCUAAAAUGGGCGAGAUUGCCGCAAGUCAUCUCUUUAAGUUGGAACCGAAGUGUACUGGAAAUUAUGUGCAGUUGGCAAAUAUUUAUGCAUCCAUUAGUAGAUGGAAUGAUGCAGAGAAAGUCAGGAAGAUGAUUAGGGAACAAGAGAGGAUAAAAUCUCCUGGCUGUUGCUGGAUAUCAAGUAGGGAAAUGCAUUAUACAGUUCCUCCUUGUUAAACAUACCCACAAUGCUCGAAAAUUCAUGACAAUGAGCCAGAAACCUCUGACUUUAUGGAAGUAGUAAAUAUCAACCUAGAAAUAUUCUUCCGUG